UACGCCAUGACUGUCUCUCAGAGUAACGGAUGUCUCACCCAGACGUCGGUGGCGUCGACGUCGCUCAAGUCCAUCGUCACUGCACCACUACCGAGCUCGUCGUUGCCGAUGCCAAGUCAAAAUGAAGAAUAUUGUGGUCGCUCACAAUGGUCCUACUCAACAACUGUCGGGUCUCCAUCGAGUGCGAGUUCGAGCACAAUGUCUGCCUACUCAGAAACUGUCACUUUCCUCGCAGAGAACACCAUCUUCCGCGUUCCUCGUCGUCGUCUCGAAUCAACGCCAGACUCCCUCUUUUCCGGGAUGUUUCUCCUACCCUCAGAGGCGCACGAACCUGAAGGCAGCAGCGACUCAAACCCGAUCCACUUACCCGCCACUAUCACUGCCAAAGACUUUGCGUUCUUCGUUGAGGCUCUCUGUCCCGAGUCUAUCUCGAUGCCGAGUCUGGACUCUAACAGCGACGGCUGGCUCUCUGUGCUCGCGCUCGCCACACAAUGGCACUUCGACGAUCUCCGCAAGAAGGCGAUCGAGGUGCUUAGUAAACAAUCCCGAACGGCGGUCGACAAACUUGUCCUCGGGCGGACGUAUGUCGUCUCGAAUUGGCUCGUAUCCGCAUAUCAGGAUCUCGUCACCUCCGAUGCGCCACUCACACCAGAAUCGGAGCAUGCGCUCGGUGAGUGGGCGGUUUCGCACCUUCAGGAGAUCAAGAUGGAGCGGCGACAGACGGAGCGUGCGGGGGAGAAGUUCGAUGUGUGUAAGAAGGUGAAGGAGGCGUUCGAAGAUGAGCUGAUGGACGAUGAAGAGUAUCGAGAAGCCGUGAAGCUUGAGAAGAGUCUCAAGACAAAACCUCUCUGCUGGCCGUGGACGAUGAUGCGCGGCAUAGGCGUCUAGGGCCAUACUGUGUGACCAGGAGUCGUUGUAUUCUUUUUUUUUUUGGCUCGUGGGUUCCCUGGGAUAUUUUAUCUAUCUUAAUUGGUCUGUAC